CUAUAAAUAAAAGGGUACAAAGAGACAAAUAUUUUGCAAACGAUAAAUUUUGAAGGAAUAUCAUGAUCCUGCUACUCCUUUUCUUAGCGAUUACGCAAUUCUCAAACGCUGAUGAACCAUUCGACGUUCGGAAACACCUUGCCACUGUAACCAGGUAUGCUGAUUCAAAGGACAUAUCUGCGAAUUCUUUUGUAUCUUCUGAAAUUCCAGAUCAAUGUACACCAAUUCAUUUGAAUCUGGUGGCAAGACAUGGAACUCGUGCACCAACAAAGAAGAAGAUAAGGGAAUUAGACGCCUUGGAUGCUCAUUUGGAAGUCCUUGUACGUGAUGCAAAAGAACAUAAGCAAUAUUCGGAGAAAAUUCCCUCUUGGUUAGCGGGAUGGAGGUCUCCUUGGAAAGGAAAAGUUACAGGUGGAGAGUUGAUCACUGAAGGAGAAGAUGAAUUAUAUCAUCUCGGAAUCAGAGUCAGAGAAAGAUUUCCAGACCUUUUCAAUGAAGAAUACCACCCAGAUGUAUAUUCAAUCAAGACUACCCAGGUUCCUCGGGCAUCAGCUAGUGCUGUGGCAUUUGGGAUGGGUCUAUUUAAUGAAAGAGGGAAGCUUGGACCAGGAAGGCAUCGAGCUUUUGCAGUUACAAGCGAAAGCCGUGCAAGUGACAUAGUUUUGAGAUUUCACGAUUGUUGUCAAAGCUACAAGGCUUUUAGAAAAAGUCAGGAGCCAAAUGUUAACAAGCUCAAAGAACCUCUAUUGAAUGAAAUUACUCAUGAAUUAGUCAGGCAAUAUGGGCUUAAUUUUACAAAUCAAGAUGUAUCUUCUUUAUGGUUUCUCUGCAAACAGGAAGCAUCCUUAUUGAACAUCACCAAUCAAGCUUGUAGUCUGUUCAGUCCAUCUGAGGUUUCUUUGUUGGAGUGGACUGAUGAUUUGGAGUUGUUCAUACUGAAAGGCUAUGGUGACACACUAAAUUAUCGAAUGGGAGUGCCACUUCUUGAGGAUGUUGUUCAAUCAAUGGAACAGGCAAUUAAGGCUAAAGAAGAAGGAUAUGCUACAGGGAUCUAUGAAAAAGCAAGAAUGCGUUUUGCUCAUGCAGAAACUCUCCUUCCCUUUUCAUGCCUAAUCGGGCUCUUUCUUGAAGAAUCUGAGUUUGAACGGAUACAAAGAGAGGAAAGCUUGGAACUCCCUCCUAAGCCUCCUAAGAAUAGAAACUGGCGGGGAAGUAAUGUGGCUCCUUUUGCUGGAAAUAACAUGUUAAUCCUUUAUAGCUGCCAAUCGGACAACUCAAGCAAGUACUUUGUGCAAGUGCUACAUAAUGAACGUCCCAUAGCAUUGCCAGGUUGCCAUGGUUCGAGUUUUUGCCCAUUCGAAAUAUUCAAGGAUAAAAUAGCUGCUCCUCAUUUGAAACACGACUACAACAUGCUUUGCAACGUAAUAGAACAGAAACAGAAGGAUUCUGCUUCCAGUAAGUUAUCACAAAUACUUGGUUGGUUUUGGUCUUUGAAAAAUGCUGGUUCAUUGGCCCGGAAAGAUGAUUUAUAGUUUCUGACAAGUUUCUUUUCGUUUCUUUUUUUACAAAAAUCUUUUUUUCUAUGUUUGGCUGGUUGUGUCUUGCUUAUUAGCAUGAUUCAAUCGUUAGGCCAUGCAGAUGAUCCUGGCAGGUUACGAUUGCUAGGCCAAACACUGCAUGGAUGAAUUUUAGGUAGCUGGUGGAUUUUUGGAGGUCUAACCAUAGGUAGCAAAGAAGGAAUAUAAUCAGUGGAAAUCUUUAUUAGUGUUAAUUGUAUGUUUUUUCACAUACGGGAAGUUUGUGUAAUGGCCAUAUGCCUAGAGUAUGUCGAUCUUGAUUUGUCUUGGCCAUCUGCACUUACAUAUUAUGUUAACAUAGAUUUUGCAACAACCUUAACAUAAAUAUGGCACCCAGAUUUGGUUACUAAUCCAUUAUUAAUUGGGAUGUGCUGAAUGAUCGAUUUUGCUCUUGGAACGGAGAUGUGUCCCAAAGCAUCUUUGAAAGGGAAGCAAGAAGAAGAAGAAGUAGUUUAUGAAGAGAAUUAAGGAUUGGGUGAAUCAAAUUGUAAUUCUCAUUUCUGCAAUAAUUCCAAACACAUUGUAGCUAUUUAUAUAAUUUGCUAACAAAUUUUGAUUAUCUCUUAA